AUGGCUGUGUUUGGACUCGUCUCAGCCGUGGCUGGGUUCGUGAAGGUGCGAUACCUGCAGGAUAAAGCCAUCAUUGAUAACAUGGUGUUCCGGUGUCACUAUCGCAUAACUAGUGCGAUCUUAUUUGCCUGCUGUAUUAUCGUCACUGCUAACAAUCUGAUUGGCGAUCCAAUAUCCUGCAUAAACGACGGAGCCGUCCCCGUGCACGUGAUUAACACCUACUGCUGGAUCACAUACACGUUCACAUUGCCCGGGCAGCAUGGACGUCGGUUGGGCACGGAAGUGGCCCACUCUGGUCUGGGCAACGACAACCAGGAACGGACGUAUCACAGUUACUACCAGUGGGUGCCGUUCAUGCUGUUCUUCCAGGGCUUGCUGUUCUAUGUGCCACACUGGAUUUGGAAAAAUUGGGAAGAGGGUCGCAUGCGUAUGAUCACCGAAGGUAUGCGUGGCGUAUCAACAGCAAGUCCUGCGGAACGCAAAUCGCGUCAUGAUCGUUUAGCGCAAUAUUUGUACGACAGUGCCAACACGCAUAACACAUAUUCGUUCGGAUAUUUCUUUUGCGAGGCCCUCAAUUUUAUCAAUGUGGUGGGCAACAUAUUCUUUGUCGACAAAUUUUUGGGUGGUGCUUUCUUAACCUACGGAUCAGAUGUGCUAAGAUUCUCUAAUAUGAACCAAGAAAAUCGUUCUGACCCUAUGAUCGAGAUAUUCCCAAGAGUAACUAAGUGCACGUUCCACAAAUAUGGUUCCUCAGGUAGCAUUCAGAAGCAUGAUGCACUUUGCGUACUGGCACUCAACAUUUUGAAUGAAAAGAUCUACAUUUUUCUGUGGUUCUGGUUCAUUAUUCUUGCGGUUGCCUCCGGUUUGGCGAUUGUCUACUCUGCCGCUAUCGUCAUGAUGCCGACGUCGCGAGAAGCCGUUCUGAGACGUCGCUUCCGCAAAGCUGACCCCGGUGACGUUUGCAACCUUAUUCGCCGUGUACAAAUCGGUGAUUUCCUCAUGAUUCAUCUGCUUGGCCAAAAUCUCAACGUUACCUCGUACGGUGAGAUGCUGCACUCUUUUAUCAACAUGCUAGACGAGGGUCGGCCAAUCUCGGGGGACACACCGUCGGCACCAUCGACACUCGAAAUGGCUCCCAUGUAUCCGGCGAUCGAGAAAUACGGUAAAGAAACUGAAACAUAA